GGACUUCCGAAAGCCGAACAGCGCUCCGACCGGUGACUGGCUGGGGCUUUGUUAACUAUUCAUGAAGGGGCGGCCCGAAUCGGGGUGCCUUUGUUAACCCGGGAGGGCGCGGCUUCUGGGAUUUUCGCUGCGGGCUUCACUGAGUUGGGCUUGGUCUCCAGAUUGGGGUCGAGAUGUCCUACGUCCCGGGCCAGCCGGUCACCGCCGUGGUGCAAAGAGUUGAAAUUCACAAGCUGCGUCAAGGUGAGAACUUAAUACUGGGCUUCAGCAUUGGAGGUGGAAUUGACCAGGAUCCCUCCCAGAAUCCGUUCUCAGAAGACAAGACAGACAAGGGCAUUUACGUCACACGAGUAUCUGAAGGAGGCCCUGCUGAAAUUGCUGGGCUGCAGAUUGGAGACAAGAUUAUGCAGGUGAAUGGCUGGGACAUGACCAUGGUCACGCAUGACCAAGCCCGGAAGCGGCUCACCAAGCGCUCGGAGGAGGUGGUGCGCCUGCUGGUGACACGGCAGUCGCUGCAGAAGGCAGUGCAGCAGUCCAUGCUGUCCUAGCAGCCCGCCAUGGUCCCGGACUUGGGCCUGCCUGCCUACAGUGACACAUGUCCACGCUCUGUCAGCACCUCAUCCUGGCUUCUUCUAAGUACUGGCCCCUGGCUUGGAAAGGCCAGAGCUGGUCCCAGAGGCCUGUCCCUGGGACCUGACCCAGCCUUCCUUCCCCACCUCUCACCACUGGCCCCAGGCUCUGGGACCAGCUCUCAUCCUCAGAACUAUCAGUCUGUUGGCCUCCCCAGACCCUGGGGCUGUCUGGCCUUAGCAGUGCCCAGAUGGGCAGGAGGCUGGGGAAUGCUGGGUGGGGCCAGCCUUUCCCACACUGAGCCCUGGCUCCAGGGCUUGGCCUUGCCCCCACGUCUCAGCUCUGCAGUGACUAUACCCCAUGUUUUUUUCCUGCUUUCCCCAGCAGGGACUUGACACACACCCAGAGACACUACAGAAGUUCGUCUGAACGGAAGCCAGGCAGGCUCACAGUUUACCCCAGGGCCUCCCCAGGGUUCACCUGCUUACAAGAUUUAGAUGAAGUCCAAGGCUGACAUUUCAGGGCAGUUCUCAGGAUUGCCAGUUCCUUCUAUUCCUGUGGGUUUAACUUUAUAUUUUUUUAAUCACAACUUUGAUACAGAAGCAUUUUUACCUUACUAUUUGGAGAUGCCAAUUCUACUUUUGAAUUUAGCUUACUAAAUCACAUAUGGGAACAACA